GCUAUGGAGAGAGGACGCUGCAACUUGCAGAACAGCUAGGACACAGAAAUCCCUUAGCAGAUCUCAGCAAAGCGCCUGCCUUGCGUUGCCUCCUUCCAUAUCUGCACGCCUCCUUCAUCCAGAACUUUGUUUCUUUUUUUGACUACUUCCAUGGAAGACUUGAUCUCCCUGAAGCAAGAAAAAGAAAAUGAAGAACCUGAGGAAACAGGGCAGCCAUGGCAGGAAAUGGCAGCUUCUUCCCAAGAUCCUGAGCCUGGGUUAUCUGAGCCCCGGGAAUCAGAGCAGAGGCCAGAAACUGGAUCACAGCCCAGAAGCAGCCCUCCUCAAAGCCCCCACUCUAGAGCUAGCACAGCUCUGGCUGACCUCACAGGACCAGGUACACCAUCCCCACCUUCCUUUCCUCAGGAAUCCUUUUCCACUCCUUCUCUCCCGGCUCUGGCCAGACAGGACAUUGGCUCACCAUGGCAGUCAGACACGACCACUAAUGUGAUUCCUGAAGCUGGGACAGUUCACUCUGGCCAUUUGGAACAAUCAUCUGAUAAAGGAGAAUUAACUCCUCAUCAAACAUGUCAAUCAGAGGGAAACACCUUCCAACAGUCUCAGCAAACCAAACACCACGUGCAUGGACCAAAGGAUGUGAGCCAUAAAAACUCUAAACGAAAAGAGCCGAGAUUUGACAUUUUUCGGGAGGAAGACUCAAACAGCAACGCUGAUCUGGAUCAGCCUGAACCUGGGGCUUCUGAAGUGACCCCCAGCAUGCUUGAGAUUGCCAUUCAGAAUGCUAAGGCUUACCUACUGAAGACCAGUAGCAAGUCGGGCUUAAAUACAUAUGAUCAUCUUUCUAAUAUGCUGAGCAAGAUCUUAGAUGAGCAUCCCGAAAAUGCUGUGGAUAUCAUUGAAAAUAUUAGCCAAGAUGUGAAGAUGGCACAUUUUAGCAAAAAAUUAGAUACACUCCAAGAUGAAUGUGAAAUGCUUCCAAUAUAUGAAAUAGCAGAGAAGCAAAAGGCUCUUUUUCUCCAAGGAAAUUUGGAAGGAGCUGACCAAGAACUAGAAGAUGAAAUAGCAGAAAUCUCUCUUCCAAAUGUCAUGGAGUCAGCUUUUUAUUUUGAACAAGCUGGAGUUGGUUUGGGCACUGAUGAGACUUAUCGCAUAUUUCUUGCCCUCAAGCAGCUUACUGACACUCACCCAAUCCAAAGAUGCCGUUUCUGGGGCAAGAUCUUAGGUCUGGAAAUGAAUUAUAUUGUAGCUGAAGUGGAAUUUCGUGAGGGAGAAGAUGAAGAGGAGCUAGAAGAGGAAGAUGUAACUGAGGAGAGGGACAAUGGGAAUAGUGACGCUGAUGAAGAUGAAUUACCAAAGUCCUUUUACAAGGCCCCACAGGCUAUUCCAAAAGAAGAAAGUAGAACAGGUGCCAACAAAUAUGUCUAUUUUGUUUGCAAUGAACCAGGAAGGCCGUGGGUGAAGUUACCAUCGGUUACGCCUGCACAAAUUGUUAUUGCAAGAAAAAUCAAGAAAUUUUUCACUGGGCGAUUAGAUACUCCCAUUGUAAGCUACCCACCUUUCCCAGGAAAUGAGAGCAAUUACUUACGAGCACAAAUAGCCAGAAUUUCAGCAGGGACCCAUGUCAGCCCUCUAGGAUUCUAUCAGUUCGGUGAAGAGGAAGGAGAGGAAGAGGAAGAGGUGGAAGGUGGGAGAGAUAGCUUUGAAGAAAACCCUGAUUUUGAAGGCGUUCGAGUGAUUGAUCUAGUGGAAUCCCUAUCCAAUUGGGUUCAUCAUGUGCAACAUAUUCUCCCUCAGGGUCGCUGUAAUUGGUUCAACCCCAUACAAAAAAGUGAAGAAGAAGAAGAAGAAGAAGAUGAAGAAAAAGAAGAAGAAGAAAAAGGAGAAGAGCCUGACUACAUAGAACAGGAAGUAGGGCCUCCUCUCUUGACACCAGUCUCUGAAGAUUUAGAGAUCCAGAAUAUACCACCUUGGACAACACGGCUGUCCUCACAUCUCAUUCCUCAAUAUGCUGUUGCUGUUCUUAGAUCCAACCUUUGGCCAGGAGCAUAUGCCUUUUCCAAUGGCAAAAAGUUUGAAAAUUUCUACAUAGGCUGGGGUCAUAAAUACAGUCCAGACAGCUAUACACCUCCAGCUCCACCAUCAGUUUAUCAAGAAUAUCCCAGCGGACCAGCAAUUACAGAAAUGGAUGACCCUAGUGUGGAAGAUGAACAGGCUUUCAGGGCUGCCCAAGAAGCGGCUGUACUUCCAGCUGAGGAAGGCGAAGAAACCGAGGAAGAGGAAGAUGAGGAAGAUGAUUAUGACUAAUAAAAGUACAAUCAGCCCAGUCUUAUGUGAGACUGAUAUAUACAUACUCCUUCUGUGGGACUGAUUUUA